AUGGAUUAUUUGCCUUCUGAAGACUCAGUUGUGAUCAACCCUAUUACCGGCAGCACUAUGCUUGGAGCCAAUAUUAGUAGAGAGAUAUCUCCAAACAAGCCACAACCUGAUGAAAUUGCUUAUAUGAACAGAAUAAGGCUACAUGUCAAGAACCAUCCUAGUCUUAAGGGCUCAUUGACUAUUGCUGACAAAGCUAGCUAUGUUGGUCUUAAAGGAUACAAUAAUCAUUCGAAGUAUCUUAACUCCUCUAUCAGAGGAAAAGAAUUCAGGAAAUAAUAAUGCUCUCUCAAACUCCAUUGAUGCAAGCUCAAGAAUAAAUGUAACUCAGAGGAAAAUUCUAAGGAACAAGUCAGUAGAUUUCACCAGUGGCCAGAGAAAAAUGAAUAUGCACACCUCUAAACUUACGGGAAUUAAGAACCUAAAUCUUCCAGUUAAUAGCAGUAAAGAUAAAAGAUUACAACAUUUACUGCAGCUUCGUGAGAAAGUUGAUGAAGCAAAAAUGCGUUCCUUGAAAAACUCAGAUAUAGAAGGAGCUUGCCCAAACCAUUUUAGACAUCGACCAAGAAAGUAUUUUGUUGAUCGAAAGGAAAUUAAAAAAAUUUUUAACCAAACACCUGGGAAAUAUCAUGGAUUCCUUAAGGACAUCAACUCUGGAGGAACAUAUAUAGCAGAUAAGCCGGAUCCUAUCUUUAAAUGGUCACUUAACAAUAGCAAGGAUCUCAACAAUAGGUUUAACAUGAAAAAGACUAAGUGGGCAAAUCAGAAAAAAUACACAAACUCUCUAUCAGAAAUAGCCAAAAAUGCUAGCAAAAAUAAUUUGAACAAAUCCCAUGACUACACUUCAAGCACAAAUGACUACCAAAAUUACACCCCGAUUAAAAAUAGUUUGAAAAUAAGAGAGAUGUCAAAGAACAGCUCGUACGGAGAGAUCCAUUACCCUACAAAGCUGCUUUAAGAACUGA